GUAACCAUGUAUAGUGAUUAUCCACUCCUGGCAGCAAUGGAUGGCCACACACCUAUCUCCAGUUUCACAACCUGGCAGUUUUUAUUGGCUAGAGACAGAAAUUGAGGGGGAAGGGGGAGAUAGAGGAGGAAAAAACAGCUGCAACAUUGCUUCACUGCUUGUGAAGCUUUCCCCCUGCAGGUGAGGACUAGGGUCUUGAACCUGGGUCUUUGUGCAUUGUAUCAUGCAUUCAGCCAGGUGUGUCACUGGCAUUCUUGACAUAAGUGAACUACGGGAUAGUUUGCUGCUACUUUCAAUUUCAGAUCAGUGGUUAUUUUGUUCUGGAGUAGUUACAAAUCCCUUUUGGAAUAUAUUCAUGGUCAUGAACCUCUACUGUGGAAAAUGUACACAGUUUUGCCUAAAGAUUUGUGAAGUUCUCAUCCUCUGCAGUCCAUCUUGGCACAUGUGUUGGGGACUGAACUUGGGAACCUCCAAUGCAGUCCUCUUUGCCACGCCACCCAGCUGCAAAAGUGGGGGUUCUUCCGUCUUGUACUAGGCAGAGGCUGGGUGUGUUGACACAAGGGCUGAAGCGAGUAAAUAAUCUUCGAGAGGAUAGGUGUGUCUGAACCAAAAGAGCCAGAACCCUCAGGCUCUGAACAGUGUCCAACCAUCCGUGCUAAAAUGAAGCAUGGUGGGCUCCGGGGUCAGCAGUGGACAGGCUGAACAAUGUUUCAGAAUCCUGUUGUAACUUCCGAACCUACAGCAGAAGCAGAAGAGAAUCUCCAACCCCAGCGCCCUGAUCCUGGCCGCUCAGGGAGCAUCGCAUGCGCAGCACACCAAGGUCCGCCUUCGGGCGGAACUUUAGUUCCAGGGUCAGCCGCGCACCCGGCCGCGGGGGAGUGUGCUCUACCGGAUGUGCCUGCAGAGGACGCGGGGCCGGGAUUAGUUUGUGGGGCCGUUGCUGCAUCCUGGGUUUAGGAUGGAGGCCGUGGCCUCCGCGACCCCGGCGACGGCUGCGAGAGAACCCGAAGAUGGCACAAAGCCCAGCCCUGGGCACUGGGGGGAGCUGAACACGACGCCUGACCCUUCCGGGCCCCAGGACCCUGUGGCAGCGGUGGAAGGAGCCUCCGAGCCCCUGGGUGCCGGUGCCCCCUGGGCCGCCAACACGGCCGUGACCGACAUGCUGCGCGCCGUGGCCGCCAGCCGGCUGCCCGUGUGCAGCCAGCAGCAGGGUGAGCCCGACCUCACGGAGACGGAGAAGGUGGCCAUCCUGGGCCGGCUGUACCGCGACAAGCCUCUGGUGUUCCUGGAGCGCUUCCGCACGGGCCUCCGCGAGGAGCACCUGGCCUGCUUCGGCCACCUGCGUGGUGACCACCGCGCCGACUUCUACUGCGCCGAGGUGGCCCGGCAGGGCGCCGCCCGACCCCGCGCCCUGCGUACCCGCCUGCGGAACCGGCGCUACGCGGCGCUGCGGGAGCUCAUCCAAGGGGGUGAGUACUUCAGUGACGAGCAGAUGCGCUUCCGGGCCCCGCUGCUGUACGAGCAGUACAUCGGGCAGUACCUCACAGAGGAGGAGCUCAGCGCCCGCACUCCGGCCCCCCAGCAACCCCGGCCCGGCUCCCCCAGCACACCCGCCUGCCCGCUCUCCGACCUGCUGCUCCAGUCCUACCAGGAGCGGGAGCUGCAACAGCGGCUGCUUCAGCAGCAAGAGGAGGAGGAUGCCUGCCUGGAGGAGGAAGAAGAGGAGGAGGACAGUGAUGAGGAAGACCAGAGGUCUGACAGAGACUCAGAGACCUGGAUCCCUGACUCUGAGGAGAGGCUCAUCCUACGGGAGGAAUUCACCAGCCGGAUGCACCAGCGCUUCCUGGACGGCAAGGAUGGGGACUUUGACUACAGUGGACGACAACCCCGACUUCGACAACCUGGACAUUGUGGCCCGGGAUGAGGAGGAGAGGUACUUUGACGAAGAGGAGCCCGAGGACGCGCCCAGCCCCGAGCUGGAUGGGGACUGACAGCUGCCACACCCCCAGCAGACCAUGUUCAGGAUACCAG